AUGUUCUUACUGUUAUAUGAUCUUCAAAGAAAAGCGAUUAAAUUAUCAGAAGAACCGAAACGCCGUGAAUGGCCGUUUUUCACUUUAAUGGACGUUUAUUUCAGUGAUCAAGUUAAUGAUCCUUCAUUGCGUUUAUUCUCAUCCACAAAGCGCUUUGACACGGACACAUUUGAUGACAAAAAUUUCGAUGAAGAAUUGCAAGCUGUGUUAGCAGCUGCAAACAUCAAUGCUUCAAUGUCUUCCGUCUUGUCAAAUCUUGGUCUUGGCAUUGGUUUAGGUAACCGAAUGAAUUGCUUAAAACGUGACUCGGUAAUGCCACCUAGCAAUCCUGCCAACAUGAUCGACAUGGAUAUGAUUGACGAUAAGCAUGAUGAGGAUGAUGAUACAAAAUCGGAAGUUUCCAUUAAUUUGAGCACCAAACUGCUGAGUAACAUGAACAGCAACAAUCACAACACAAAUGAUAAAAAUAACAACAAAAGUCAUCUUCAAAGUCUCAAUAAUAAUAACAAAAUGUGCAGUCCGUACUUCCAGAAGAUCUUCAUUGAACAUCCAUCAACACAUCCCAUCCUGUUUAUGACAGAUGUCAACAGCAAUCACAUGGCUGGAUUACUGGACUUUAUGUACAGUGGACAGGUCAAUGUAAAGUAUGAAGAUCUUCCGAAUUUUUUGAAAGUUGCUGAAGCGCUACAAGUCAAGGGGCUCCAUGGAGAGAGCACAACAGACAACGAGGAACGGGAGCGUGAAAGGGAACGAGAAGAGAACAACUAUGCCUCACAAUACCGUCAACAGCAACAACAGCAAGCUUUACAACUUCAACAACAGCAGCAACAGUUUAAUUAUCCGGGCCAUAUGAGACAACCAACACCAAGUCAUUUUCAACAUCCCGAUAAUAUAAUUAAUGAAAAUCGUCAGAAUAUCAGACAUCAUAUAAAACCCAAACCCUCCCUCAUCAAUAAUAAUCCAGACACAACAAGCUUAAACAUGAAUAACAACAACAUAAAUAUCACAAACAAUAACCAUAAGCCAUCAAAGUUUGGUGUUCAGCAGGUCAAUUCAAGUAACAAAAUGUUGGACAAUCAAAAAUAUCAAAAAUAUUUUUCAAAACGGAAAUUGGUGGCACAAUAUGAACAGGAAAUGCGGCAGGAAAAACGGAACAAACUCACAGGCGAAAGUAUAGAUGAAGAUGAAGACAGCAGCAAUCGGCCGUUGAACAUGAGACGUUCACAAUCAACAACUGAAGAUGAUGCUCGCCCUGAUAAUGGAAAAAGUGUUGGACUUAACUUGAUACAAAAUAUAAAAACCGAGAAAGGAGAUGACGAACACACGGAUGUGAAUGGUAAUGAAGAACAUGGCAGUGAAACGGUCGGAUUUUAUGGAACAAAUUUGGGCAAAAUAAAACAUUCCAUUCUUGAACCCAACAUAGUAUUACAGCAUAGCGAUGAAGUGCUAUCGCCAACAAAUGGGAAUAACUCUAUAGCUAACACAUUACAAAAUUCAAAUUUGAGUCAGAAAACAGCUAGCUAAACAACAUUUUCUGUAUUUCUGCUUAACGUUACCUCAGUGGGCUAUGAAAAGCUCAGUUGAGCAAAGAAAGCUUUUUCAACUGAGCUUUUGAAUGCGCGACUUGUAUAUAAACUCACAUGAAAGAAUUAUAAAUUCAAAUAGAUAGAAUAAUUUUAUAUAAGCACAAGGAUUAACUCAACAAUAGUCAAUCACAAACUAUUGCUAACAAUUGUUUUGUUUCGUUAUUUCUAUUUCAAUUUUAAAAAAUUAGAAAAAAUUUUAGUUAAAAUUGCUGAAAAAGAUGCUUUGCACAAAAUUUAAAGAUUUUUUUUUGUUUUUGAUUUAUCUUACAUUUAAAUUUAAGUAUAAAAAUAUUAUCUUAAAAAAUGUGUUUAUUAAUGUGAGAAAUGUUGUUAACUAUAUUUUUGUUGAUUG